GAGCGACUAAGAAGGCUUCGAAAGUACGACGAAGGACGCGACUUUGAGCAGUUCACCGACUCUAACUUAGGCGAUUCCAGCCAGGGCAGCAUGGACGAACACACCGUGGUUCCGGACACACCGGUCGGCCACUACUCCAAGGCGCACCCGUACUAUAAGAAGCUUCGGCUGCCCAGCGGACGCCGGGUGGACAUAACGAGGAGGAACUACUUCCUCAGGAAGUGGCGAGACAAGAAGGUCAAGACCUCUUACCAGGUGUUUUUCGUGCUCGGUGCCCUCGUUAUCCUGGUCUGCCUGGUUAUAUACGCCUACAAGGAGAACAUGCCCUGGCUGUACAACAUACUCAGCGGAUUGCGUGACGUGGCUAAAGGCACGAAGCAGAGAAAGCGCGAGACCGCGCCCAUGCAACUGGACUUUCAAUGGAGAGCUGGGACGACGGUGGAAGAGUACGACGAGGACACUACGGAUGAUUUCGACACCGAGACGACCAGCGCGUCCGAAGAUGGAAUCGGGACGCGAGGCGUCGUGUUCGCCAAAGACGACAUGAGGAGAAGGCUAGUGUGACGCGCCCUCUCCGCGAAUGGACAUCUAGUCAAACUGAAAUUCGUCCAGCUUAAACAGGAUGCAGCAUACGCCCAGCGCAAUUUGGCCCAGCCGAUUUAUUUGUUAGUUGGCUUAUUAGAAACGGAGCUGCCGUUGAACAUAGUGUACUUGAAGCUGUAUACAUUAAAAACAUUUUUGGUUAU